CAUCCGAGUUCAAAACAAUUCCAAAAAUGUUAAAUAAACAUUUAUUAAGUAGAUUUUAAGCAUCUUAGUUGUGCAAAUAGCUGAAAAUGUAAAACAAGAUAUAUUCAAGAUUUAAUUAAGAGUUGAAUUCAAGUAUGGAUAAGUUAACUCGUCUUUACUUUUGUGAGUGGACAAUAUGCAAACGUCUUGUAGAAUAACUUUGAAAGAGAUUCAAGAUUCAAGAUUCUUUAUUAAGUAACGUAAACAUAUAAACGUUUGAAAGAGAUAUUCAGUUUGGAUAAGCAUGAACAUUACAUGUUGGUGUAGAAAUUGAAAGUUUACUGAACUUCUCUUUAUUAUUGCAUUUAGAUUUUUUUCUUCAAGAUCGGCGUUUUGUAGAAUAAUUUAAAACGUGAUAUUCGAUCAGGUUGGGUAAACAUGAAAUUUACAAGUUGUAGAAAUUGAACGUUUACUGGCCUUCUCUUUAUUAUUAAUUUAGCAGUUUAUCUUCAAGAAUAUUGGAUCGAACACUGCUGAAAUGUAUGGACAGAUACAUGUUUGUGUGCGGGAACUAGUGGAAGAGAAAUUUGGUGCAGAAGCUUGGAAAUCCGUACUAACCAAGUCAGGGUUGGACGAACAUGAUCACUUCCUUGUCUUCCACAGAUAUGAAGAUCCUGUCACAUUCAAACUUAUAGGAGCAGUUUGUGAAACGUUAGGCGUAGAAUUACCCGCAGUUCUAGAGAUUUUUGGGGACUACUUUCUCCAAUACUGCCUUCGGCAUGGGUAUGAUAAAAUGUUGAAGACACUCGGAGGCAACUUUAAAUCAUUUAUACAGAAUCUCGACUCCCUACACGCGCUUUUAGCACUCACGUACAAGAAUAUUGUAGCACCAUCGUUCAGGUGUGAAACUAACGAGGAUGGGAGUUUGUCUUUGCAUUACUACACUAUAAGACCUGGACUUUAUCCAAUUGUUUUAGGACUUGUCAGGGCAGUCGCUAGAGACCUUUACAAUCAGGAAGCAGAUAUCAGCGUUGUGGACAAAUCUCAGGAAGUUAUUUCUGGCGGGAAAACGCAAGAGCAUGUGACAUUUCGCGUGGUUCUCACGAGACAGGACGAUACUAAAUCAUUAACAGAAUUCCAACCAUCGUUUCCGUCUGAAUUUUUUAUAAGUGCUGAACAAUUUUGCAAUGCAUUUCCAUACCAUAUCAUUUUUGACUCCAACCUUGAAAUCAAACAGUGUGGAAUGAUGAUUCAGCGAUUAUUACGGACGCAAGUAACGGAGCAAAAUAUGUGUGAUAUAUUUGAACUUACACACCCUAGGAUGCAAAUGUCUGUGAUAAAUAUAAGAAUGUUCAUUAAUGCAGUAUUUAUGCUCAAAGUCAGAGUCCCAAGCAAAACAGUACUCAAAAAUGGUGAUUCGCAACAUUCUUUGAUAUUAAAAGGUCAGAUGAUGUGGCUAGAUGACAUUCAACAUAUGAUAUUCAUUAGUUCUCCUCGUUUAUCAAGUCUAACCGAGUUGAUGGAAAUGAACGUUUAUCUCGCUGACAUUCCACUUUAUGACGUCACAAGAGAAUUAGUUCUACUUAACCAACAGAGAAUUGCAGAAAUUGAUAUAGCAAAACGAUUAGAUGAAACUACUAUAGAAUUAAGGAAGACGUCAAAGGCACUGGAAGAGGAGAAGAAGAAGACAGAUCUGUUGUUGUAUCAGAUGCUGCCAGAGAAAGUGGCAAUUGAACUGAAAAAUGGCAGACCAGUUGCUGCAGAGAAGUUUGAGCACGUGACAGUAUUAUUCAGCGACAUUGUUACCUUCACAAAUAUCGCAUCUGCGUGCCCGGCAAUAUCAAUCGUUCAAAUGCUCAAUGACCUUUACAAUAGAUUUGAUGCGAGGUCAACUGAACAUGGCGUCUACAAAGUAGAGACCAUAGGUGACGCAUAUAUGGUUGUUAGUGGAGUACCGAUCAAAACGACUGCGCAUGCGCAGCCUGUGGCUAAUUUUUCAAUGGAUAUGGUAGCUGAGGCAGCAAAGGUCAUGUCUCCUGCAACUGGAAAACCGUUACAGAUACGAGUAGGUCUACACAGUGGACCAGUAGUUGCGGGCGUAGUUGGACAAAAGAUGCCGCGAUAUUGUUUGUUCGGAGAUACUGUAAAUACAGCAUCAAGAAUGGAAAGUCACGGGGCUCCAGGACGUAUACAUCUCAGUCCUACGACCUUUAAGAACCUUCAAGAAUCAAAAGAUUAUUCGUUUCGUUGUCGAGGAGAAAUCGACGUGAAAGGCAAGGGCAAGAUGACGACGUUUUUUCUGAUUGGUACCAAGAACAAACGAGUGAAGGAGCCCGAUGAUGACUUCAGUACUCUUGAAGUUCUUGGCGAGGACGAUCCUAUACCAAACAUAACAUAUCCUCGGGGAUCCAAACAAAUUUCAAGGGGAAAGAGUAGUACUUGUACUGUGAUAUAACACUCGCAUGUCAUUGCAUAUUGCCCUUAGACACUUUGACCAAUAGAAUUCUUAUAAUGGUCAUGUUGUUAUAAAAGACGAUGUGUAUGGGAUAUACUGUACGGGGUAUCUACGAUCGAGCAAAAAUUGAAUCAAAAAUAAAUGAAAUAUUUUGUAUUAAAGCUAUAAGAACACAUAAAAUUGUUCUUUUUCUCUAUC